AUGGCACCGUUAUUCAUUCCCAACACCACUGCAUCGCUGCGCAACAUUACCGGUGACCUUUCGCGCAACAUUACCGGUAGCCGGUUCAACAGUACCGGUGGUCACAAAAUGCCGGUAGCCUUCACCGUCUUCGGCUACUGCACCAUCGGUCUGGUGGUUUUUGGCUUCGUCGGCAAUGUCCUGAUGAUAGGCUCCAUGUUCCACGGGAAACUGUACCGGCAUACGACCAACCAGCUGCUGAUCAAUUUAUUCCUAGUCGGUGCCAUCUACGCCGCCCUAGCCAUGCCGGCAGCGGCCUAUUCCACCAUUCGACUGGGUUGGCACGCCGAUAACGGCAGCUGCCGGUUCUUCGGCUUCAUGGCGUUGAGCGGCUGCUUCGUCUCCUGCCUCAACCACGCCGCCAUCGCCGUGGCCCGCUACUUGGCCGUCGUCCAUAUUGGCAGCAUCUCCAAGCGCAUCCAGGACCGGGUGGGGCUGGUGAUGCUGGUGCUGACCUGGCUGAUGCCGUACGUCGUGUUCACCUUUCCCUUCUUCGGUGUGGGCGCCAUGUACGGAUACAAGAAGUCGGUGGAGCGGUGUCAGUACAGCAGUGUGGAAGCGCCCUUUGUCAACGCCUACCGGUUCAUCUUUCAGAUUGCCCCCAUUGUGGUCAUGUGUAUCUGCUAUACGCUCAUUGUCUUCAAAGUGUGUCUGGUGCGGACAGCGGUAGGGCGGAAUAAGCAGAAGGACACCUCGUUGCGCUUCAAGCACCGGUUCAGUGUGGAGUUGGGUAUCGCCAAGCGAACGGGAACGGUAGCGGUGUUUUUCAUCGUCUGUUUUCUGCCCAGCGUAGUAUGGAGCUACAUACCCGGUAGCAUUGUCCAGGACCUGACGGAGAACCUGGCACCGUCACUAUAUCUGCUGAUGUGGUUCGGAGUUACGUGCAGCUAUUUGGCCUAUCUCCCAGUUAAUCCCGAUUUACGCUACGCUAUACGCAGUCUAUUAAAGCGCCUGCGAUUGUGGCCCACCAAGCGGGCGUCGGUUGGCCCGGUGAUAAUUGCCCCGACGGAUUUUCCGCACAACUUUACCGAAACGAGAUCAAAGUCAACUCGCCUAGCGGCCAGUCCACGACCACGUACCUUGACGGAGCACACCACCGGAAGUGUCAAAGACGGUUAA